AUGGCUUCUCGCCGGCUCGCACGUAUUCAGAGCGAGCUCGCUCCCGCACCGACUAGCAUAGGAUCGCUGACACUCGGGGACAUCACGGUCGAUCUUCCAGCAUCCACCACACCUUCACGACUACCUCAAUUACAACCGCUGGACAUCAACGAUGCUGGGGUUCGCGAUGACUUGCACUGGAUGCUGCAAAAGUUUCUACUUGGGCAGGAUAUCUUUCUAUUGGGUCAGCCUGGCCCGUACGCACGCAAGCUUGUCAUGACCUUUUGCUCCAUGAUCAACGCAGAGUACGAACACGUCGCCUUACAUCGCGAUAUCGGCGAGACCGAGUUGAAGCAAGGACGCGAGAUACGUCCCGGCGGCGUUCUCGAAUACGUCGACUCGGGUGCUGUGCGUGCGGUCAAGCAUGGACGCAUACUCAUUCUGGAAGGCGUUGAACGUGCAGAGCGCGGAAUAUUGCCGCUGCUCAAUAACCUUCUGGAGAAUCGCGAGAUGAAUCUGGAGGACGGUACGCAUAUUUUGCAUCCCCAUCGACAUGCACUUCUCGCACCGGAUGUUGCGAAACGCGAGACAAUGUUCAUACCGGCACACGACCGCUUCCGUGUCAUCGCUAUGGCUGCUCCCGUCCCGCCGAAUGUUGGCUAUCCCUUGGAUCCUCCCUUUCGUUCUCGAUUCCAAGCUCGCUUCGUCGAUCCUGCACGAGCACUACUCGCUCUCGCGCCUACGGCCACUUCGAAUACUCAAGACGACCCCGCCGGUCACCUCGAAGCUACCCUGCGCGAGCUCAUUUUGACGACUCAAUACGCUUCCCAACCAUCCGCCCUCGAUGUUCUUGCGCCAAACUCCCUCCCACCCUUUCCUCAAACAGCACUUGCUCGGCUCUCAUCCUUGGUCCGCGCAUUUCCACCUUUGCAAAGACUCAACCCUACGCAACUCGCGCGAGUAAUACUCGCCCUUCAUCCGCGUUUACUCGUCGCGCCGCUCGCGGCAUGGGCGCUCUUGAGCGAACGAUUGGAGGUGACAGGACUCGGACCUCUGGGUAGUCCAAUCUCUAGCGAAGACGACGCGCAUGCGAUCGACAUCGGGUUCUGCGGUUAUGUCGUGACCGGCAUAAAGAGGAUCGCAGAACGCCGCGUCCGCGUCACCUUCGCGUUCAACGGGAAUGGGCAUGCCGUCGAGCACGAGAUUCCCGCUGGACCAUAUGCGCUGGCACAAUACCCGCCUCCUCCUACGGCAUCCUUCAUCCCAUCGCCUCGCUUCUUGGGGUUGCUCAGCGCCCUUGUACAGUCGCAUGUGCUAGCCAGCGACUUCACUCUUCUCCCUUCACCGACACCGGGCACGGCUUCUUCAAGUGCAUCUACACUCCAACGAGUGCUAGCUUCUAUUCUCGGAUACGGCGCCACCGAGUCAAUGCACCUGUACAAGGAGCUGGGAGGGCGUGAGCUGCUCAUGCGCCGUAUCGUAGGCGCCGGAGGUGCGACUACCUGGGAAGCGAGCCGUCUUGUGAAGGGCGCAUGGAAUGGAGAUCUCGUUUGUCUUGAGGGCAUAGACGUUCUUGGGCCGACUGCCGGUGUUUUGGCGCGCUUGGCGCAGGAUCGCGAAAUCGAGUUGUGGGAAGGCCGCCGAAUCGUUGCAAGUGCGGAUAAUGAAAAGUCAACUACCCAGGAUGACGGCCUUUCCACCGCGCAUCCGUCUUUCAGGAUGGUCGCAAGCGCAUCUGGGUCGCUCCCACUGCGUGACUGGCUGACCGAGGAGCACGCCAACGCGUUCUUCCCCAUCCCGCUCGUGCCGAUGUCCCGCGCAGAAGAGAUCACAGCUCUCCAAGUUGCUGCUCCCACUUGUCCCCCAGCUGUACUCGAGAAGCUUCUGGCGUUCGCCGUGCGGUACCGCUCAAGCUUGAGCGCAGACGGAGACGCUGCUGGAUUGAGGAAGCGGAAACUGGGUACCCGCGCGCUGGUGCGCAUCGCUCGUCGAGUCAGCAUAGUGGGCGAAGAGGAGGGAGUGCGGGAGAUGUACGCGCUCAUCGGGCGUGCUCUGUUGAAGGAGUUCCUACCAGCGACAGAAAGAAUGGCGCUCGAGGAUAUGCUGGCUGAGUGUGGCAUCACACCCAGCUCUCCGACGCGCCAUCCCGCACCUGUCCUGACCGACAUCGGACUUGUCUUCCCUGCACCUUCGAGCGCUUCAGGAGAUCUGUCACCUUUGACCUUGCCAUACUACACCACAGCGUCUGACCCGGAAGGCGCAUCAUCAUUUGUACCUCACAUGACGCACUUCUUCGACAACUCCCUUCAGACGUCUCUCAUGCGCGAUCUCGGCGUCGACUUGUGCGUCCUGAACGAACAUAUGGUGUUACUCGGAAAUCAAGGCGUCGGCAAGAACAAGCUCAUCGACCGGCUCUGCCAGCUUCUUCGCCGACCUCGCGAAUACGUUCAACUUCACCGCGAUACGACAGUACAAUCGCUCUUAUUCAACACAACCCUCACUGGCGGUGUCAUCAAGCACGAAGACAGCCCGCUCCUCCGCGCGGUGAAGUUGGGUCGCGUCGUCGUCGUCGACGAGGCAGAUAAGGCGCCAGAGCACGUCGUUGCGGUGUUCAAGAGCUUGGCGGGGUCUGGAGAACUGAGCUUGCCGGAUGGAAGGAGGGUACGCAGGAAGAACGAGGGAAUCGGCCGACCGGGUGACAUCGAGGUCCACGACGACUUCAGGCUCAUCCUUCUGGCAAACCGUCCCGGAUACCCUUUCUUGGGCAAUCACUUCCUUCAAGUCCUUGGGGAUAACUUCAGCUUACACUCAGUCGCUAACCCCGAUCUCGAGAGCGAGCUGAAGUUACUGGCACAGCUUGCACCCGAGCUCACCGAUGAUACAUUGCGCAGGCUCGUUGGCGCCUUCCAGGACCUGAGAAAGAGUUAUGACGAGGGAUCGCUCACGUACCCAUACUCUCUACGUGGCGAGUUUGAUCUCAUCCACCAAUCCCCGACGGCGAUACUGACUCUCCACGUGCAGAAGUUGGAUCAGGAGGAGCCUCCAAAGGCGAAGCGCCCACUUGACAUGAAGUUCGAGCCGAAGAAGACGGAUCUCGACAAGCCCAAGUUCGGAAAGGUGGACCCUAACAAUGAUCCUCACGAAGGAGGGAAUACUUGGGCUGGCGGUGUCGGCGGCCGUGACACUGCAGGAUUGGGCGGCAGGGGAGGCUUCAUGCGCCUUUACACAGGCAACAACAUCAAGCAAGUCUCAGACGAGCUCAAGAGUCAGGUGCCGGAUGAGACGCGAGAGCGCGCUCGGGAGAUGGCGAAGGCGGAACUCGCGCAUAGGCUCGAGGAGUUGAAUAUGUCCUCUGGCGAGGCAAAGGAGUACGCCGGACUACUCAGCGCAGUGCAGGCCCACAUAGCCGGUCUUUUGGACCUGCUCGAGAAUCUUGCGGCAAAGGAGGAGGAGCGUGUCUGGGUGAAGAGACAGACGGACGGUGAACUCGACGACUCGCGCUUGACAGAGGGUCUCACUGGCGAGACGACUGUCUAUAAGCGCCGUGGGAUGGCGAAGCCAGAACCUGGUCGCCCUCAAAUCAAACCGAAACGGUUACGCUUCUUGUUCGACCUGAGCGGCUCGAUGUAUCGCUUCCAGUAUGAUGGACGUCUACAGCGCAGCCUGGAGACCGCGGUCAUGCUUAUGGAAAGCUUCAACCGACUGUCUCGCAAGGACAAAUUCGUAUGGGAUAUGUUCGGGCAUUCCGGAGACUCGCCAGAUAUUCCGAUUGUGCGCGUGAAUGAGACCAUUGCCGAAGUCUCAGACCGCUGGCGCGUCGUAAAGAAGAUGGAUAUGGUGCCACAGUACGCCUUCGCCGGAGAUCAUACUGUUGAAGCGAUUGAGAAGUCCGCUGGUGAAGUGGCAAAGUUCGACGGCGACGCGCAUUUCGUCGUCGCCAUAACCGACGCGAACUUCUCUCGCUAUGGUAUCACGGCUGAGGAUCUUCGUCGUGCGAUGAACCGCCAUCCGAAGGUCAAGAUUGCACUCAUCUGUAUCGGAGAAGGAGCAGAAGCAGCCUGGGUACCCAAGCAAUUCCCUGGCCGCGCCUUCCGCGUCGCGCACACCGCAGACAUCCCGAAAGUCCUGCGCGGGAUCCUUACCAGCAUGAUCGACAAGUGA